CACAGUUUUGGAGUAACUCAAAAUAUUUUCGCUAUGGUUUUUUUUUAAUAAUUUCGUGUGUGAAACGGUGAUAUUAUUGAUUUUUAAUUGCAUUUAAUGCAUCGGCCAGCCGAGACACAUCAAAAUCCGCUGGAAGACUUUACGGAUUUCCCACACAAAGGCAGUGAAAAAGUUUUGUUUACCUUUUUUCGAUAUCCCAGAGUUCUGCGAUUUCCGUGUCACUGUGUGCGUGUAAGAGUGCCCGUGUGUGUGCGAGCUGGUGUGCAAAAAUGGAAAUGCAUUCUCAAUAAAAUAAAAUAAAUGUGCCAACCAAGGAAAAGUAGCGCAUUCUAAAAUUGGUUGCUAAAGCUGCGCACAUGGAAAAUGUGUCCAAUGUUUCCACCAGCACUUCGUCUUCUUCUUCAACUUCAACUACUUCCGCACUGAAACUCCAAAGCCAAAUAAAUUCCAAAAAUGUACUAAUCCGAUCGCAGAGCAGUGGCAAGCUAAUCAGCAAUGAAGCAAAACCGGCUAAAUCUACAGCAGCAACCAGUACAACGACGAAUCUGCGAGCGGCCAAGCUCAAGAUCGGGGCCAUGCAACAGCAGAAGAAGCAACAGCAGCAGCAACAGCAGCAACAGCAACAGCCGACGAACGGCAGCAACAUCAUCCUGCUGCGCGGCACGCGCAACGAGAAUGGGCAGAUCAUCAUCCAGAACAAGCAGGACAUCCUCAGCCUGCUCAGCGAGCAGCAGCAGCAGGAGAAGGGCCACCCGUCCACGGCCAUCACGCUCAACCAACUGCCCACAGCCACGACGGUGGCCAGGAAGACCAUUGUGCAGAGCUCGGGUGGCAGCAUCAGCGGUAACAGCAACAGCAGCAGCAACUCGACUAUUUCCAUUGUGGCCAGCGGCAACAGCAAGGAGUCCAGCAGCAACACGAUCCUUCUGCAAACGCCCAUCAAUGCCAGCCAGUUGGAGAGCGUUCUGAAGGCCCAGGAGCGUUCCAAGCAGCAGAAUGCCGCACAAGCAAAGCUGGUGGAGCGACCCUUUAUGCUGAAACACGCCUCGCGCAGCCUCAGUUCCGAGAGCAACUGCGACAGCAAGUCGCCCUUUGUGCUGCAGACGCUGAAGCGCCUGGAAAAGUCGCAGUCCAUCCUGGUCAUCCGCAACUCCACUGGCACCAGCUCCGCCAGCAACUCUUCCAUGGCCACUUCGCCUCCAAGCGGCAACGGGCUGACCUCUUCAAGUAUUCUCAGCGUGACACGCACCUCGAAGGCGGCCAAGGGCGUGGCAGGGGCGCUGCACAAGCUCAAGGCGGCGGCAGCAACAACAGCAGCGAGCGCAGGGGCAACGUCCACGGGAGCAACAGCGUCGACGGCCACUACGAUCUUGAGGCUGGGAAAGAGCGCCACCACUCUGGCCAUUAACGGCGGCAGUAAGCUGGAGGCAACGACAACCACGGCGGCAACAACAGCAGGUGCUGUUGCAACAACGACAACGACAACAUCAAAUAAAUUGUCCGGCGCGGUGACAAGCGAGCAGCAGCAGCAGCAACAAUCGACAACAUCGCAAACGAAUGUGCCGCUUGGGAACGAUGGCGAACCCAUCAAGCUGCCCGACAAUUUGGAGAGCCUGCCAAGAGCCGACAGUUUUCCAUCACAGCGCCAUCGUUGGAAUACAAAUGAGGAAAUCGCUGCGAUUCUUAUCAGCUUUGAUAAGCACGGCGAGUGGCAGUCCAAGGAGGUUCGAACCAGACCCAAGAGCGGAUCGCUGCUGCUCUACUCCAGGAAGAAGGUGCGCUACAGACGCGAUGGCUACUGCUGGAAGAAGCGCAAGGAUGGCAAGACCACGCGCGAGGAUCACAUGAAACUGAAAGUACAAGGCACUGAGUGCAUCUAUGGUUGUUACGUACACUCGGCCAUAUUGCCCACAUUUCAUCGCAGAUGUUACUGGCUGCUGCAGAAUCCGGACAUUGUUUUGGUGCACUACCUGAACGUCCCGUAUCCGGAUGAUAAUAAAAUGGCCGUGAUUGCGCCCAGCAUCACUCUCUGGGGCGACAAGAAGGAGUGGACCAAGGAGGAGCUGGUCAGCCAGCUGAAACCAAUGCUCUCCACAGUCAAUUCGGAUGAUGACUCCGACUCGGGCAACGACAUUGAAAUAUCGACGGCGGAGACGGUGGAGUCCAUUGUGUGCCAGCUGAUGGAGAAGCAGCGAUUGUCCCGCCAGGCUGCGCUGGUCAAGCAGCUGGACUGCGGCUGCGGCGACGGCGGAUGUGCGGACGGGAAGAGCUGCACGCACCCCGUGAUGCGGCGGUCGGGCGCCAUGCUGAAGGCCUCGGUGCAGGAGAAGCGGCUGGGCGAGCCCUUCAACGGGAACACGCCCAACGUGGUGGUGGCCAGCAAGCUCUACUCCCGGUGGGCGGAGCGGCCGCGGCAGCACCUCGACAACCACGGCCAGUUCCACAACGUCACGCAGCAGCUGCCGCAGGAGUCGGCCAUCAAGUUCCAGAUCAUUCCGCCGCAGCAGCAACACCAGCAGCAGGAAGGGAGCUACCAGCAGCAACAGCAGCAGCAGCAGCAGUACCGAGGAGCCAGUCAGAUGCUGGCAGCAAGGAGUAAUCUGGUGAUGCAGCAGCAGCAGCAACACCAACAGCAGCAGCAGCAGCAGCAGCAGCAGCAGCAGCAGUACCAUCAGCAACAACAGCAGCAGCAGCUGAGCCUGCAGCGAUUCGUUGCCAGCCAGAGCCAGAAUUCGGUGCACCUGAACCAGCAGCACAGGCUGCAGAUAGCCAACACAACGAUCACGGCCACUGCCAGAGAUCCUGCGACGACUGCAUCGGCCGCCUCGAGUGUUAUGGACACGGAACUAAUUGAAAACCAAAGCCACAUGACCGCAAACAAAAUCACGAGCUCCAGCAGCAGUGGAGGCAGUGGCAGCAGCAGCAAUGCCAGCAAGCAAUUAGCAGCCCAAACAAACAACGAAUUAAAUGUCGUAAAUAGUAACGACACCGGCAACAAUAACUUUAUGUACAAUCAACAGCAGCAACUCAAUGCUUCCAGCAACAGCAACAACAGCAGCCAGCAGCAGCAGCAACAACAGCAACAGCAACAUUAUUAUAAAUUGCAACAGACAACGGCAACCCCGAGCAGUGGUCAGCCACCCCCUCUGGCGCAAGUGGCACCCCUUUCCCUGGCCCAACCCCAACCCCCCGUGGAGGCCAUGUGCAUGUCGCCCGAGCACCGGAGCAGCAGCCAGUCGUCCACCACUGCAACGUCUUCCGCUGGCAACAACGCCCCCUCCCUGUCCACGCCCACAUCCACUCCCAUGCCCACGCCCACACCCUCAGCCUCAGUCUCAGCCUCGUCCAUCUCCAUGUGCACGCCCACGUCGGGCACCUCGUCCACCUCGAGUUCCUUACAAUCGAUUAUCGAUGGCAAUCAGCAGCAACAAAUUACAACGACGGCGACGGCAGCACCUUGUGAUAAUUUAAUGAGCGCCAGUGCGCCCUCUGAGCAGGAGGGCACCCCGCUCAACAAUCAGGCCGCAGAAGCCCUCGUCAGGAGCCAGGCGCUGGCUCAGCCCCUAAACCAAAACCAAAACCAGAACCAGAACGGUUGUGCCACCUUCAGUGCUUCCAGCGACAACAGCAGCCAGAUCAGCGACGAGAGCAGCAGCUUCGGCGGCAACAACCAGCACAGCAGCCAGAGCAGCAGCAGCAGCAGCGAGGAGGAGCCCCAGGCGGAGGCGCUGAGCUUCUUCAACGAGACCCUGGACCUCUCGCACGAGGACAUCCAGCGCACCCUGAUCGCCAACAUGCCGUACAACGCGGCAGCAGCCGGAGCAGCGGCACCCGGUGCGGCGAUGUCCGCGGGCAGCAGCAAGCCCAAGAGCAGCCAGCAGGAGGCGGAGAAGAAGCCCGACCCCGAAGCGGAGGUGGAGGAGGACGAAACGGACGACGUGUUCGCCAACCUGGACGCCUUCGACAUGCUCGUGGAGUUCCCCGAGCUGGACCUGGACGACAAGCAGGCCCUGAACAACACCGCCCUGGAGCAGGGCUCCUUUUUGGGGGAGGCGGCGCCCUCGCAGCCCCGCAAGGUGUUGAACAUAUGCGACUUCAGCCCCGAGUGGUCAUACACGGAGGGGGGCGUGAAGGUGCUGGUGGCCGGACCCUGGACGUCCGCCAACGGUGGCGCCUACACGGUGCUGUUCGACGCCCAGCCCGUGCCCACGCAGCUGGUGCAGGAGGGAGUCCUCCGCUGCUACUGCCCCGCCCACGAGGCGGGCUUCGUGACCCUGCAGGUGGCUUGCAGCGGUCUGCUCGUCUCCAACUCCGUGAUGUUCGAGUACAAGCUGUCGCUGCUGGCGGACGCUCCCUUCGACGCCAGCAGCUCCAACGACUGUCUGUACAAGUUCACGCUGCUCAACCGCCUCUCCACCAUCGACGAGAAGCUGCAGGUGAAGACCGAGCAGGAGCAGGAGCUCACGACCGAUCACACCGCUCUCUAUCUGGAGCCGAACUUUGAGGAGAAGCUGGUGGCCUAUUGCCACAGGCUGAUCAAGCACGCCUGGAGCAUGCCCAGCACAGUGGCCUCCUGGACGGUGGGCCUGCGGGGCAUGACCCUGCUCCAUCUGGCCGCCGCCUUGGGCUACGCUAAGCUGGUGGGCGCCAUGCUGAACUGGCGCUCGGAGAACCCACAUAUCAUUCUCGAAACGGAGCUGGACGCCCUGAGCCAGGAUGUCUAUGGCUUCACCCCACUCGCCUGGGCGUGCGUGCGAGGCCAUGUAGAGUGCUCGCUUCUGCUGUACAAGUGGAACCACAACGCGCUGAAGAUCAAGACGCAGGCACAGCAGACGCCCCUCGACUUGGCCAGCAUGCGGGGUCACAAGCACCUGCUGGCGCAGAUGUAUCGCCUGGAGAAGGAGCGCUGCCGGAAGCCACAGUUGCGCGGCGGCCUGGCCAACCUCUCUAUGAACAUGGGCUUGGAGGCGGAGACGGAGGUGGAGCAGCACCAGAGCUUCAGUGGCUUUGACUUGGAGCUCCAACGCAAGCACGAUGGCGUUUUUCUGCGACCUGUUGCUGUGCUCAGCAAUCAGAGUCCCCCGAAUAACGGCAGUCGGUACUCCAAACGCUCCUCGAUUGACAGUGGCAUCAACAUGGACAUUCGCAGCAAAUCCGGCAAACCGCUGGCCCGGCUUCACAGCAACUUCGAGAGCCAUGACAAUUAUGCCCUGGGCGUUGACUCGCCGCUGGACUCGCUGACCGGGACGAACUGCCUGCUGUCGCCGCUGCGCAAGAUGGACUUUGCCCUCUGCGAGGUGUCCACGGGCGAAUCGAGUCCCGUGCACGACAAAGACAUCGAUUGCGACGACAACUCCACGAGCGCGACCGACGUGACCAUUGGCAACGACUUGGCCCUGCCCGAUGCCGUUGUAGGGGAUUCGGAUGCCAAAGUGCUGACACUAGCCGAACACAUAAUAGCCGCCAUGCCGGAAAGGAUUAAGAACGAAGCCGAUGAAAUGAUGGUGCUGGGCAGCCCCCUAACAGAACCCCUUACUUCGGAGUCAUCGGCGCUGACGGACAGCUUCAUGGACCCGCUGCUCGACUCGCUGCCGAACACCCAUUUCGACAGCGACUUCAGCUUCGACUUCCACGACCACAGCUAUCGCUACCACGACGUCAGCACGCCCUGCUCCAGCCUGAGCCCGGCCAGCUCGGGGCCCCUGCAGUCGCCCGCCAGCUACUCGAUCCUGGGCACGGACCCCUCGGUCAGCUCACCCAGUCCCCCGCCGUCCACCAAGCAGUUGACGGAGUUCCUGCACGCCUCCAGCAUCUCGCAGUACCCCUUCGAGGCGGACUUCUCCAAGCUCACGCUCACGGACACGGAGCAGCGGGAGCUGUACGAGGCGGCCAAGUGCAUCCAGAAGGCCUACCGCUCGUACAAGGGCCGCCAGAAGCUGGAGGAGCAGAACAAGGAGCGGAGCGCGGCCACCGUGAUCCAGAACUACUACCGGCGGUACAAGCAGUACGCCUACUACCGGCAGAUGACGAACGCCGCCCUGGUCAUCCAGCACGGCUACCGCUCCUAUCGACGGAACAAGCGGUUCAAGAAGAGCGGCUUGGGCCUGGGCAGCUCCAGUGACCACGGCAGCGUGAGCAGCAACUCGCAGUGCCUGUCCAGCUUCUACGACCACUACAAGCAGGACCAGCAGCAGCUGCACGAGAUGGGCUCCCAGCCCAGCACUCCCAAGGAAACCAGUCCCUCGGGGCCUCUGAAGCGAACCUAUUCUCAGUCCACCCAAAAUCAGGCUGCCAGAAAAAUACAACAGUUUAUGAGACAAUCACGCAUCAACAUUUGGGAUGCCAAUUUGACGACUUUGACUACAGAAAGAGCGAGCCGAAAAAGAGAAGCUGGUGCACCAACGCAGGGUGGAAUACCUUCAAAACUUGCAGUUUCAAGGGCAGCAGGAAAUGUUGGUGUGCCCCGAAAAUAGCAUUUCUGCGCCGAUCAGUGGCAUCAACAAUGCGAACAACAACAACAAUCUACACCAAAUGCAAUCCAAUCAGUGAGGGUCAACUGAGUGAACUUUUAAGAUAGGAACACGCUGCACGGUUCCAUAAGAAUUUAUGAAUAGCUUUAACAACCGAGUGAAACUUUCUACUUUCGUAUUUGUUCCGAUUUGGAAAAACAAUCCCAAGCACCUCUGUAGUGGAACUUUGUUUCAAACUCUCUAUAACACAAACCACACACAAUCUGAAUUAGUAGCAACUACCGGCACCUUGAUUCAUUUGCCUAACGAACUUUAGGACCCUAUGGAUAGAAACAGAUGUCGUUUUUGGAAGUGAAAGUAGCUUAGGUUAAUGCUCUUUUAUGGUAUUACUUAAACCUAAUCUUAACUAAAGAUCGAACUCCAGGGAGAUGAUAAGAACACAAUUUUUCCAUUUGUCAACUCGAAAGAACUUAUUACCGAAGCCUUUGAAAACUUUUUAACUCCAAUUGUAGUGAAAACGUAGCCUGCAAUAUAUACAUAUUAUAUACAUACUAUUUAAACCAAUAUUAUGCAUGUGUAUGCCUCUAUAUAGUUACAUUUGUAUAUAGAUAUUGCCUAACUAACUGAAUUCUAGUCUAUUUUAAAGUACUACCAAGCUCUGCGAUGCGACUAAGCUUGUCUCUAAAGCAAAUCCAAAUAAGCAUUAAUCCUCGAUCCUAACUAGUUGCUAACUGCUCCUUAGGCUUAAGCAUAAGACUCCACAGAAAGUCCAAGUUGUUGUUGAUUUCUAAAAUCAGAUAGUGCGCAGCAGCUACCAAUCUAUCAUGUUUCAAAGAAAGAAAACCCUAUUCUAAUUUCUAAUACGAAAGUACUUAAUACUAAGUCUUAACUUAUCUGACUACCUAGACUAAGCUUAGCUAAUGAUAGAAGAAAUCAAAAGAGUGGAUCAUGUUUCACCACAAAUUUGUGGGCGGUCAGCCAGAAGAGAGGUGGAGGAUCCAGAGCCUGGAGUUUCCGACUUUCUGCUGCUGCUUCCCCAACUGAUUAACUGAUUGACCGCGCCAGUCAAUCUUAACUGCUUGAAGUCACAGCCAAAAACCAAACAUACAAGAGAGAAAAGUUUUUAAACUAAAUGUAACAAUAAAUGAAUUUUUGUAAAUUAUUUUUGUCCGUCCACAUUGUUAGCUUUCAUAACAUACCAACAAGAACAUAUAUACUUACAAAUAUACAAAAUAUAUAAUAUAGAAGGAGCCGAUACUCGAUCGACAAUUCGAGAAACUCUUUCAAAGGAUCGUUCAAGUUCGAAUUAAUAAAACAGAACACAGGCGACAGUUGGACGACGGAUGUACAUACACCAGCUCGAAUCCUGUGUCCUGCACACGGGAUCGGGACUCUUACCUCUAGCAGGCCCAAACCACAAAUACCAAACUCACAAGAACCCAAGUGCAAAAUAGAGCAACUCCAAGUGCGAGAGUGUAGAACCUGCAAAGUGCGAUGUGCAAACGGGCUGUAAGUUGACUUUACGCGACGAUGAUUGUCACAACCAGAAGCAGAAGCUACUGUUGAGGAGGGUGGGAUUAGGAUCUAUCACAUUGUUAACUAUUUAACUACGAACUAUUAUACUUAAUUCGCACUAUUAUUACUCUACGAACUUUGAUUGCAUUUUGCUCUAACUUAACUAUGUAUAAAUCUGAUCAACUGAUUCGAAAUGAAGACUAAAUACGAUUUCACUACUCAACUGACUUAAGAAUUGCAAUCAAUUUUGUUAACUGUUUAGGCAGGGUGUUAGACAUGUACCAGCUGAAUACUAAAUCCAAUUAAUUGCAAUAUUUGCACAUACUACACACAAGACAUGCUCUGGCUCACAAAGAACACCCAGACACACACACACACACAACACACAACACACAACACACAAUUUAUAAACCUCAAAGUAGCAACCUGAGUGUGUUUUAAUGGAAGGAGUCUUUUUAGAUAGAGGGAGGCCAAAAGGCAGAGAAAACUUAAGUACCUUAAGCCAAUUGGCACUAAAACUAAACUUAAUCUAACAAAAAAUUAUAAAUACCUAGAACGGACUCACAUAAGUGUCCAUAUCGAAGUGGCGGUGUCUGCGAUCGUAGGGCAAUUCCCCGGCCUAGUUUUGUUCGAACUUUUUCCUUCAACAACUGAACUUAUUCUAACGCAACACCAAAUUGUUGAUAUCUAACGAAAGUAAAUAAUACGAAACUAUUAUAGCUAAUGUAAACGUAAUUGGAUAAUUGGUAACCACAUAUCUGUUAGAUAAUUUACACCUCUUCGUCCUAAUAGAACUUCUAAGUGCGGCGCAUGUACGAAGCAAGCAUUCUUCUUCAACUUCAACUAGCUAACUAACCAUCCGAUUUGCCCCCAGAGUCCUAAAUUCAGCGAUUGAACUGUUUGUUUCCGACUUAAGGCUUAGUAGACCAGCAAAUAGGAACGGAUAUGAAACUGUUAACUAAACUUUUAAGCGAAAUAUGCCUAGAGUUUAAUCUUUUUAAAUAUUAUACCUUACUUGUACGGGAUACUUAGCAUGAACUAUACACAUAUAUCCGCAAACUAAAGAAUGUUUAACAAAUCAACGUAUUAUAUAUGUACAGACACAGACACUGAUACACCCAACCACAAAAAAACAUAGAGUUAUAUAUAUAUAUUGUAAAACGACUUUCCAGUUUCUGUAAAAUUGUAAUUACAUCCAAUAAAGUUUAAUUCAAC